AUGAAGUUCGCUCUCGUCGCUCUUGCCGCGGCCACCUCCAUCGCCGGCAGCCUCGCCGUGCCUACCCGCGGCCCCGAGUCGGCUCACUUGACACAACUCCCGCGCGGCAACGGCACGAGAGCUGCUCUGUCGCGCCGACAAAACGGCGACAAUCCGUGGGGGGGCGCCGUCCAGGAGGGCCAGGGCUGGAGCUACGUGACGGGGACCGCGGUGGUGCCCGACGUGCGAGGCCAAGACCCUUCUGCCGGGGCCGCCGUCUGGGUCGGCAUCGACGGCUAUUCGUGCCAAAACGCCAUCCUCCAGACGGGCUUCACGCUCUGGGGCGACGGCCGCAUCGAGACCUGGUACGAGUGGUAUCCCCAGCCUAGCUACCACUACACCACGGACCUGGGCGUCCAGCCGGGCCAUCAACUCCGCAUGAGCGUCUACGCCGACGGCACCACCGGCGGCUGGUCCGUCAUCGAGAACCUGUCGACGGGGCAAGCUGCGCGCCAGAGGUUCCAGGGGAUGCGGCCCCAGAUCUGCCAGACCGACGCCGAGUGGAUAGUCGAGGACUUCCUGGAGGGGCAAGGGCACGUGCCGUUCCUCGACUUUGGACGGGUUCAGAUAUACGACGCCCAGGCCUCGGGGCCGCGGGGGACCGUGACGCCCGAGGGGGCGACAAUGGUUGAAGUUACUGUCGGGGGACGGCCUCGCACGCAGUGCUACGCCAGUGGAGGCGAGGUCGACUGCCGCUACGUCUGA